GGUGCCAUCAUGUGACCACCGGCCAGGACGUCUUUAAAGUCGUCUUUCCAGUUUGACGAACAUCGGCAUCGGCUACCACUUCCUUACAUAGACGCAUCCGCUGGUCAUGACCACCCUGCACCUGCACCUCAUCCACAGACCACCUGUGAGGUGGCCGGGACCCUUGGGGGAUGACCUCAUCAGCAGGCUCCGCCCCCUGACCUUUGGAAAGUGUGCAGACGCGAAAGAGCGCACUCGCCUUCGCCGCCGACCAGCGACGCCACAUCACAACGAGGUAAUCCACCUGCCAAUCAAGCUGUGAGACUCUACUUGCAGACAUGAUCGGUUCCAUCGGGGUGCUGCUCCUGCUCCUCACAGGAGCCGGUGCGUUCAGGGUCCACAACGUCCACGGCAGCUUGUGUCUAGAGGACUCCUGGCCAGCAGGCGGCGCCGAGCUGAGGAGGUGUCGCCCGGACUCUGAGGCCCAGCGGUGGGCGUGGAAGCAUCCGGGCCUGCUGAUGUGCGUCGCCACAUCCAGAUGUUUGUCACCGCGGCAGCCGAGCCUCACCCGACCGUGUCCCAUCUCGGAGGGCGAGGAUCUGCUGUGGGACUGUAACGGGGACACGCUGAUCAGCCGCGGCACGUCAAUGCUGCUUUCUGAAGACAGGGGGCGCCUCGUCCUCCGCCCAGGACGCCACGGCUCCCCGUGGACGUCGCUGCAUGCGAGAGACAUCUGCCGGGAGAGACUCAGAACUCGGCGGUCAUCACAUGACCCAGAUGAGCUCAGCGACGCAAAGGACAAGCAGGGGACCUUGACAGAGGAAGAGAGACGAUAUCUUCGCUGGUUCUAUCGCACCGAAGACCCCACAGUGUGGACGUUUGUGCUGCUGGGUUUGGCCUUCGUGUGCCUCCUAGUGGGCUUCCUCCUGCUAGGGAUGGGCGCCAUGGCGAGCAGGAACAGGAGGAAGAUCGCCAAGUACAAGGCCGCCGCCGCUCUGGCCCACAGGAGCCAAGAGAUGUGGGUGGUCACCGACAUCCCCGGCACGCCGUCGCCACAGAGGUCAGACGCCGCGCCGUGCAACGGAGACGCCAGCGAGCUCAAAGCCGGAAGCAUCGUGGUCACGUGGAAAGACGGGAACACUUCCUGUUUGUACGCCGACACUUCGGUGGAGGACACGCUGCCGAAACCAGAGGAGGAGGAGGAGGAAGAAGAGAUGAAGGAGACCAAUGAUGAAAACUAGACUGACAUUAACCUGACAUAACAUGAUAGAUAUAGAUCAUAUAGAUGCGUUUGUUUGUUUUGUAUAAACUGUACGAUUCUGGCUGCAAAUAAAAGAUUGAUGACUGAA